AUGGUAUCAGCUCCCCUUCCUUCCCGCCCCAAACCCUCCUACCGUCACGGACUUGUGAAGCUAACCUCUAUCCCAACCCCCAGGCUUCCCCUUCUCCAUAAGUACGUUGUUAUCGCGACCGAUCUUCGCCCCUUCUCUCUAAUUGACUUUUCCGUAUCUAACCUUUCCCCCAAUUCUAUAGACGGUGGUGCCUGCGUGGCCAUGGUUGGCAAGGACUGCGUCGCCAUCGCCUGCGAUCUCCGCCUCGGUCUCCAAGCUCUUACUGUCUCCAAUAACUUCCCCAAGAUCUUCCAGUACGGAGAUGUUUUCCUCGGUCUCACCGGUCUCGCCACCGACGUGUCAUCCGUCUCCGAUCUCUUCCGCUACAAAGUCAACCUCUACCGCCUCCGUGAGGAGCGCAACAUCGCGCCAUCCACCUUUGCCAACCUCGUCAGCAGCAGCCUCUACGAGCGCCGAUUCGGCCCUUGGUUCGUGAGCCCCGUCGUGGCCGGCCUCGAUCCUAAGACGGGGAAGCCAUUCAUCUGCGGCUUUGACAGCAUAGGCUGUAUCGACUUCGCAAAGGACUUUAUCGUUUCCGGAACAGCGACCGAGCAGCUGUUUGGAAUGUGCGAGAACCUCUGGGAGCCCGAUCUGGGCCCGGACGAGCUUUUCGAGACCAUUUCCCAGGCCCUGCUAAACGCCGUCGACCGUGACGCGCUUUCUGGCUGGGGUGCCCACGUCUACAUCAUCGAGAAGGACAAGGUGACGAAGAGGUUACUCAAGGGCAGGCAGGAUUAG